CUUUUCUCUCUGUUCGUACUGAUCAAAUCAUCCAUUUCUCUCUGCUUUUUCCUUCUCUCUGUUUUUUUUUUCCAGCUGAUUGCCAUGGCCAAACUUGUAAGAAACGCGUCCAUGUUUGUGAUUUUCGUAAUCACGGUCACAGCAACGUUCUGGCUAAAAUUUACCCUCAUCCCUGAAGCAAGGGAUUAUUGCCUCCCUUAUCAGGGAGAUGAUAAGGUUGAGGUCGCCACAACUGUCGUAUUGGUGGCCAUAGUAGUUUCCAGCCUCGCGGUGGGGUUUAUUAUCUUGCUCCAACAAAACUACUUACGGACAUACAUAGUCUAUCUUGUGUUUCAAUUGUUACUGGUUGUAGGUUCAAUGGUGGUGUUGAUUUUGUUGGUGAAUUCUGUGUCUCCGGGGGACGAAAAGCUGGACAAGGAUUUUCCAAUAGAUCAGGAAUGGCCCCAAGUGGAGCAAUGCUUAGCGGGGAAGCGGUUCUGUGAUCAUCACGAAGAUGAACCAACCUGCUGCGAGAAACCAAAAGGAUGCCCCACAGCAGACCUGCAAGGUGGUCAAGAAUCCGGAACUGAUGCAGACCGGGAGUGCAAAAAGUGGAAAGACAAUAGCACCAAUUUCUGUUACUUGUGUUCAACUUGCCACGCCUCCAUUCUGACUUAUCAACGGGAGUACAGCAAUGGGAUGAAGAUCACAGCGGGAACUGUGAUUGUUUUACUAGUUGCUGUAACAGUUGCUCAGAUUGUAGAGGUGGUGAUGCGAAUUUCAGUGUACUAA